AGCCUUAUCCCCAAAUCGCUUCUUCUCUGUUGAUUCCAUGGUGCAUCAGCCGAGCUCCUCUCCCUGGCCGAUCCAUGGUGCUCGUCUCUAGCUCAUGUCUUGCCGCCGGCCGAGCCCCUCCCCAGCGCCCUUGGAGCCGGCGUCCUCUGCCCUCAUCUCAUUCCCCGACGCCGCCCUCUCCCCUCGGUGCUCUGCUGGUCGGCGUCUUCUCCCUGCCCGACGUUUCUGGCGCCAUGGCCGCCGCGCCUUGGGUCGCCUGCUCCACUGCGCCGAUCCGCCCAUCUCCCUGCUGCCGCUCUCCCAUGGCGCGUCCCUGCAUCUUGCUUCAGCUCGCUCUGCCAUCUCCCUUGGCGCCCUAGCCCCAACGCCGAGCUCCCUACCCGGUCGCGCCCCCGGUGGUUGAACUCGCCGAGCUUCCUUUUCUAUCGCUCGUCCUCGCCCAUUCGGCGCCCUCAUCUCAAGCCAGUCCAGCCUCUCUACUCGCCACUCUCCUCUAUCCCCUUGCUGUUAGAACAUGGCGAGCUAACCCCAUGUGCCAGUAGAGUUCGUCAUUCCCUGAGCAGCACCUCCCUCCAUGGAUGCCACGUUGCCGACUUGUGCAGUUCAUAUUUA